CCUCCAUCUUUCUCUUCCUCAACAAUUUGCUUCUCAUCUUUCUUCUCUACUCCUCUCAAAUACAAGAGCUCACACUGCUCCCUAGCUUCCUUCUUCAUCCCUUGAACUAGUUGUCAGCUACUGACCAGCCUGAAGAUAGAUGCUAGUUUGUGUAGAGAAUUCGAUCUUCUGAGGCGUAUGGUGAUCAUGGAGUCAUGUGUGCCUCCUGGGUUUAGGUUCCACCCCACCGACGAGGAGCUCGUCGGCUACUACCUCCGGAAGAAGGUGGCCUCGCAGAAGAUCGACCUCGACGUCAUCCGCGACGUCGACCUCUACCGCAUCGAGCCAUGGGAUCUCCAAGAGCAUUGCAGGAUAGGGUACGAGGAGCAGAGCGAGUGGUACUUCUUCAGCUACAAGGACAGGAAGUACCCGACGGGGACGAGGACGAACAGGGCGACGAUGACGGGGUUCUGGAAGGCGACGGGGAGGGACAAGGCGGUGCGUGAGAGGAGCAGGCUCAUCGGGAUGAGGAAGACGCUCGUCUUCUACAAGGGCAGGGCACCCAACGGCCACAAGACCGACUGGAUCGUCCACGAGUACCGCCUCGAGUCCGACGAGAACGCCCCGCCUCAGGAAGAAGGCUGGGUGGUGUGCCGCGCGUUCAAGAAGCGAACCAUGCAGCCGCCGCGGAGCUCCAUCGGAGCAUGGGAGGCGAGCUACUCCUACCACGACCCCGCCGUCUUCGUCGGCGGCGGGGAACACUUCAAGCAAGAGGCCGCGGCCGAGCUGGACGGCGUCGCCGCCGCCGCCGGAGCUAACGCCUUCCUGCGGUACUCCACCCGCCUGGCCGAGCUCCCGCAGCUGGAGAGCCCGCCGCUGCCAAGCCAGGGGAGCCAGGCGGCCUCGGCCGUCGUCGACGGCGAGGAAGAUAACGCCGAUUCUAGCAGGCGCCCUGGCGGCGGCGGCGGCGCCGCCGCCGCGGUGACCACGGACUGGAGGGCGUUCGACAAGUUCGUCGCGUCCCAGCUCAGCCCCGAGGAGCAGCACACCUGCCGGGCCACCGACGACGACGACAUGGCAGCGCUGCUGCUCCUCGACGGCGGCGGGCAGGAGGACGACGCCGGGAGGUGGCUGGGCUCCGCCGGGUUGCUGAGCGCCGUGGCGGCCGACGCGACGACGGACUGCGGCCUCGGCACCAGCUGCGUGCCUGGCGACAUCAACUGAUUCAGGGCCAAGCCGAUCGAGCUCUCACUUCUCCUUAGCAUAAAGUGUGAGAUAUCUACGAAUUGUAUGGAUGGCUAUAUAUACGUACGCCUAUACAUAUGUAGCUGGUCAAAGCAUCGUUUCAGUUUCAGUUUCAGUUCUUGGAAGUCAAUGGAUGUUGACCAUUAUAUAGCUCCAUCUAUCACUGCACAGAUGUUAAAAAUCAACCAUACAUCUCUACUUCCUCCAUAAGAUGAAACGGAGGUAGUACCUUGUUAUCGAUGGCAAUGGCAUAUAUGCUUGGUAAUA